AUGGAGAAAAUAAAAGUAUUAGAGCUCUUUAGUGGAAUAGGAGGGUUUCAUUAUAGCUUAUUGCAGGCUUUGAUUAAUUAUAUUAAUAACUGGGGUAAUGAAAAUAUAAAAGAGGAUCUAAAGAAUAUAUUUCAUUUUAUUUCAUUAGAUCUAAAUCAUAUAGCAAAUCAAACAUACUAUCAUAAUUUUCAAGAAAAUUCUAUCUAUUUGACAAAUAAAAAAGACAUUAACAAGUUUAUUAAAAAAAAUUUUAAAAACAAUGAAAGUUACGAAAGAAAAACAGAUUCUUUUAAUUCUAAAAAACAAAGAGCAAAUAAAAAUAACGUAAAUCACAUUAAUGAUAAUGAAUUUAAUCUAGACAAAAAUUAUAUUAUUCAAACAGAUAUAAAUAAUCUUACUGUACAGUUUUUUGAUUUUCAUCAAUUCGAUAUGUUGUUAAUAUCAAAUCCUUGUCAACCUUAUACAAGACAAAAUAUAAAUUUUAAAGAAAUUAAUUUAAACGAAAUAAUUUUGAAGAAUAAUUAUAUAAAAAGUCAAGUUCCUAAACCAAAGGAAGAAUCUAAUAAAAAUAUUAAUGCAGAAAGUUAUAAUCAUGUUUAUAAUAAAUAUUCGAAAAAUAUCAGUAGGUGUAUACGCUAUAAUAGAAAUGCUGAGGAUAAUUUGAAUAUAUUAAAUGCCAACAAAAAUGAAAAAAAUCAUACAUAUUGUGAUAAAGAUAUGAAUAAUUAUAACAAUGUGAAUAAUUGUAUUGUUGCAAAUAAAUAUAAUAAUAUGAAGAACUGUAAUAAUGUAAACUAUUAUAAUUCGGUAGCUGAAAUAUAUGAUAAAUUCAAUGCUGAAAAUCUUGAUGUGGAUGGAAUAAUAGUUUCUUUAGAUACUGAAAAAGAUGAAAGAACUAAUAGCUUUAUUCAUAUUUGCAAUUUAUUACAAAAUACAAAGAGAGAAAAUUUACCACAAUAUAUAUUUAUUGAAAAUGUUAAAAAUUUUGAAGUAUCUUCUUCUUUUUUAUAUUUUAUAAAUUCUAUUAAAAAAAAUUAUAAUUUUCAGACUUAUCUUUUGUCACCUUUGCAAUUUGGCAUUCCCAACGAGAGACUUCGUUUUUACUGCAUUUGUAAAAGAAAGGAUAAUUUAAAUGACACGAAAAAAAAUAUAACUUAUGAAGAAAAAAAAGGAUUAUUAUAUAGUAAUUCUUUAAUCCCUCAAAGGUAUAUUUCAUUUAGAACUAAUGAAAUCUUAAAAGAAAAUGAAAAAAUUACUUUUUAUACACCAAGUAUAAUAACAUAUCUUGAUAGUAAUGAAAUAUUUUCUAUAUAUAAUAAAAAAUUUAAAAAUAUAAAUAUAUUUAACAGUAAUUUAAACGAACAUGGAAUAAAGAAAAGUUUUCUUCAAAAGAAAUUAGCAUGUUGUUUUGAUAUUUUAGAUAUCAAUAAAAAAGGGAAUAUAUGUUGCUAUGAUUCCAAUGAGUACUAUGUUGAAAAAAAUAAAUAUAUAAAUAAUCUCAUUAACAGCAAAAUGAAAAAUAAAAAAAAUUCAAAAAUAAUUCAUAGCAUGUGUUUUACAUCUAAUUAUAGUCGUUAUAUUAAUGGAUCAGGUUCAAUUCUUUAUUUUUCUAAACACAAUAAUGAAGAAAAAAAUAAUAAUAAUAGAAUAGUAGAAAAAGCAUAUAAAGAUACAUUAUGUGAAUAUAAAUGUGAAGUACGAAAUGAACCUGAGAAAGAAAUAGUAAGUUCGUCUACAAGUGAAGAAUCGAAUGAUUUAUCAUAUGAUUAUUAUUCCAGUGAAGUAUCCAAUAUAUGUGAAUAUGAAAAUAAGCAAAUGAGAAAAUAUGAAGAUAAAGUCCGAUAUUUUACACCAACUGAAAUAUGUAGAUUAAUGGGAUUUAAGAUGCAUACAGAAAAAUAUAAUUUAAAAAAAGUUACAAAAAAUACUUAUGGAAAUAUCUAUUGGAACAUUGAUCAUGUUAAUCAUAAAUGUGCGUACACUUACAAUACUCAUUAUUGUGAUAUAAAUAAUAUUAAUACAUGUAUAUUAAAUUUAAAAGAAUAUGAAAGUAAUAUAAAGGAUUUGAAAAAAGAGAAAAAUGAAAAAAAAAAAUGCUUCUGCCACGAAUUUACAUUUCCUAAUUUUUUAACAAAUAGACAAAAAUAUAAAUUAAUUGGGAAUUCUGUUAAUACUAUUGUUAUAUCGUUAAUUUUACAAAAUCAUAAUAUAUUUGAAGAUUUUAAUAUUAAGAAUAUACUGCAUUAA